GACGGGUCACAUUGGUCUGUGCCACAAAUUAAAAGAAUUAACCCUUAGCGUCUGGCUGUCUGUCUCUCUGUCUCUCAGUCUCUCAUUGCAUAUCUGAUCAGUAGACAUGAAAUCCCAUUUGGUAGUCUUCAUUCUUAUCAUAACCGUAAGUAGCUGCAACAACCAUAUGGCCUAUUCCGAUGAGACCUCUCCGACACAGGCACCCAAAACCAAAACCAAUCAGCUGGAAAUGCCCAACAACAACGAAACUAUAUAUAAGAUUUCCAAGCAGCUAUGCUGGGGUUGUUCUAUUAAUGGAGAGUCGCUACAGUUUUUGUUUGCACACAACUUGGUUAGGGCAGCCAAGUGGGAACUACCACUAAUAUGGGACUUCGAGCUAGAAAGGUAUGCCAGUUGGUGGGCUGCCGAAAGGAAAGCAGAUUGCAAGCUAAUGCAUUCAUUCCCAGAAGACGACUUCAAGCUAGGUGAGAAUAUAUACUGGGGAAGUGGCUCCACCUGGACACCAACAGACGCUGUCAACGCAUGGUCUGCUGAAGAGAAAUAUUACUCCUACGCCACAAACACUUGUGUUUUUGGCCAGCAGUGUGGCCACUAUACACAGAUUGUGUGGAGGAACACACGGCGACUUGGAUGUGCUCGUGUUGUGUGUGACACUGGUGAUGUGUUUAUGACUUGUAACUAUGAUCCAGUUGGUAACUAUGAUGGUGAGCGCCCAUAUUGAUUAAUGUGGGGUUUUUAUUUGAUCGUCCUGCAGUUAGUAGCUAAAAUGAAUUAUUAAAGGAAAUCAGUUUGUUUGAUCGAUCUAAGGUUGUUUGUCUGAUGAAUGUACGUAUGUUGGAAUAAUUAUGGAUGUCAAUAUUAUUUCUAGUUAAAGUUUGUUA